GUUACUCAUAUUUCCCCACAAUAACACCAAUUGGCACAGGCAAUUGAAGUAAAUAUGUAUACCAUUCCCUACAUGACAAAGUAGAAAAUAAACCAGUGGUUACGGGGGUAUCAUACAGUACACGUCGGAUGGUAACUCGGGUCUUGAUAUCACGCAUGACGCGGAUGAUAUUUUCAUGUUCAUCGCUGCCUGAUCAGUGAAAUAUUGAUGGAUAUCUGACAGUGACAUGCCAAAAUUGAUAAGAGUAUUGUGGUCAUGAAGAUGUUCCCGUCAUCCAGUGAGCUGUCAUGGGUCAAUGUAUGCUUGAGAUUAAUUUAUUAAGUCAUACACAAUACAAAGAGCAUGGAGGUGCUGAAAACAUCCCAGGAAAUAGUUCACGAGGGUUGGCUCAUUAAAUCACCACCUACCAAACGCUGGCGAGCGGUGUGUAUUACUCUGAGAUGGCGAAAACGAUGGUUUGCCCUGCGACACAGUGGAGAAUUGCCUGGACAGUAUUUUCUGGAGUAUUAUACUGAUCGAAGAUGCAGGAAACUCAAGGGACAUAUCGAUCUCGAUCAGUGCGAACAGGUUGAUGCUGGUUUAAGAUUUGAAAAUCGCAAACAAAAGUACCAAUACAUGUUCAAUAUUAAAACACCAAAGAGAAUUUACUACUUGGUGGCAGAAUCCGAAGCAGACAUGAACAAAUGGGUGGAUGCUGUUUGUCAAGUGUGUAGUUUAAAAGCGUACACCCAGGACGAGGAACAACAGUUAUUUCCUUUCGAGUCCCAAGAAUCACCACCAAUAUCUCCAACGAGUACAAUCUCAGGUCCAUACAUACCGAUAAGUGAGUGCAUAUCAGGAAAGAGAUUAAACGAUACGAGCUCUCUAAGUUCGGGAAUGGGUCAGGGACCAGAACAUUAUGAUGCACCUCGAAGAUUAGCCCCAUCUCCACCAAGAUCACCAACAACAGAUGCUGAGAGUGUUUUCACUGAUGAUGAGUGGACAGCACCAGUUCCGAGUGUCAACUGGGAGACAUUUCCGUCUUCCGGGGAAUCGCGACCCUCUCAAAGCUCUGGAGACGCGGAAAUUGGUUCGUGGAGUGUGAGAAAACGUUUUGGAAAAUUGAGAAUUGUUGAUUCAGCCGCUCCACCACCUGACGAGACAUUUCCAGUGCCUCCGAGACCACCCAAGCCACUUCAUAUGCUUCCAGAAAAUCCAGGACAUAAUUAUUUGAAUCUUGAUGGCUCUACUGAGAGUUCAAAACCAAAUACUCCAGCAACCCCAGGUACAUCAGCACCUACGACACCUGCCACUGCUGUUGUUACGGAUGAAACGUACGAUUUUCCACGAUCUCAUCAGCCUGGAAUGAGUGAAUCCACUGGAACUUCUGGGCGACCUUCGAGACACUGCUACAGCAAUGCUGCUCCAUCGACUGUCGAUGACAGAAUCUUUCGAUAUGAUUUCCAUGACGAUGAGCCCUCUAGUCCACACUCUGAGAGCUCUACCACUGCAACGUACUCAAAUCUUCCCAGUCCACUCAUCAGGGAUUCCUCCAGUAAUGCAGCAAGUACUGCUACUCAACCACCAGUUGUUUACAGACAAUUGAAGCCUGGUAGGAAGACGAGUGAUUCAACUUCCAUAAUUAGUAAUGAACCGUCACCAGGACCUAUUCUCAAUAUGCCGGAUAUGAGUUCAGCUGAGCAUUCACCUGCUGAACCACCUUGCAUCAAUCGAAAGUUGAAACCAGCUUCCAGCAAACCUGUUAUUGAUGGACCUCUGCAGUUGGCAUCACCUCCAGGGAGAAGCAAAUUGCGAGCAGCUCCAAGUCCAACUCCACCUUCUCAUGGACAUGGAAACAGACAUCACUCGACUUCCGACGAGGACAACAAUAUGCAAGAUGACAAGGAGGAAAUUUAUUACUACCAGGAUCACAACACUUUUAUUCCUGCGUCCAAUCGACGUUUAGUAGUACUCCAGUAUCUAGACUUGGAUCUCGGUGCAACUGAGAAUUUUGCAAAUGCGGCAUUACCACCUGCUCAGUCACCACCAAACUCAACAGUCUACAAAACUGUCGAUUUUCUGAAAACUGAGGCCUUCAAUCGCACGAGGCAGCGUGUGGAGGAAGAGCGAAAACGGACAGACGAAAUGUCCUAAACGGCUGUUUUCCUUCAUUUGUCCCUUCCUCUUCCACAAUCGCAGUAUUUUCUCCAGAGAUAAAAGAAAUGUUGAGUGCAUUGUAUUUUAAUCAAUUUUUCUGGAAACGCCUUUCUAAAUGAAUGAUGCUCUUUAUGACUUGAAAUGUCACAUUUUUACUAAAAUUGAAUAGCAAUAUUUUGUAAUGGACCAAAAACCAUAUUUUUAAGAUACGGACGUGUGAUACAGUUGGAAAAAGCAAAUGCAUUUUUGCUUCUACAAGUUUUUGGUGAGUAUUUUAUCAUGAGCAUUUUUUUCUACGUGAACUCGAAAUUUGAAUCGUAUUUGUCGAUUAUUGUGCAACGAAUUUUUGGAGAUUGUUGUACUUGGCUCUUGCAAAUGGGGAGCAGCUAAGCUUCUUCACUGAGAAAAACUAUUUUGUAAUGAAAAGUUGAAAUGUAAUGAAUCGUGUUUGACAUUUUCGUUGAUUACUAAUUUAUCUCUGAAAUAUGGAGAAAUAUCAAGGGAAGUUUAUCGCAUUAAGGGAAUAGUUAGGGUUUCGGACGUGUUUAUUGAUGCAAAUUGAUUAGAGCUUAUGCAAAAAAUGUCUAUUAAUUUUUCAUGCUAUUUUAAUAAGCAAUACAUGAUGGACAAGUCAAUUAUUUAUUAAAAAAAUGUAAAAUAUCUGUUUCGUUAAAUUCUUCAACUUUAUCAUUUGUAAAACUUAUUUUCGUACUCAACAUAAUAUGAAACAUCGACUUGUUACAUUUAACGAAUUCAGGCCUGAACUGUUCAAUCAAUUUCGCAACAUUUCCUCUGUCCCCUGCUGGGAAAUAAAAUGCAUAUAUUCAUUGAGUUUAAUUGCGUGACAGAGAAAACGAAAUAUACAAAAAAAGCAUUUUUUUUCAGGACGAUUUAAUCGCGUGACGAAUAGUAUGGCUUUUCGUCAUUCGAAUGCUGAGUUAUUAAAUUUUUAAACGCGUAAGGAAAAUUUUUAUGCCAUUAUUAUCAUGUAAAUAAAUUGAAACAGAUAUAUCUAAAUUUUUAUGUAUAUUGAACAUAUGAUUAGCAUGCGAUAUACACAUGUAUAUAGAAAAAUAUACGUUCAUAAAUUUAUGUAUAGAAUAUAUAAUUUUAUUUUUAUAAUAGCAGUUUUUGUAUUAGACCGAUGCAUUAUUGACUUUUUCGGUGUCUGAGAUUUCGAUUUCGUAUCACAUAUCGAACAAAUUGAAGAUCAUGAGAAUAUAAUUAUUCCCUUCGGAACGAGUUAAAUUGUACAUUUGACAUUUUUCUGUACAACACCCGAUCAUUGAUAGUGAAUAUAAAUUAAUUGGACCUAAUGUUGAAAAAGGUGGAGCAAAAUCAAUUGUUUAUUUUGCUUUUUUUACGGCCCCUACAUUCGUUAAUUCGCGAUAGGACUAUUUCUCUUCGAAGAGUUAAAAAAAUUGUUUUACGGUUUGUUAGUAUCUUUUUUACAAAACUGAUGUUGAAUCAUGAAAAUUUAUAAUCAAAUGUUUUAUGUGAGAAAUCUUCUACUAUGCUAUUUUCAAUCAACUACUUCUGACUUUUUAUAAUAAUUCAGGAUCGUUUACCAACUGCAACAGUUCUCUUUAUUUUGCUCAUUAGUCAUUACCAGUUAUUUCAUACGUACAGUGGACUCCCGUUAACAAUCCGGUUCCGUGAAUUUUCUUGCGUUAAACUUAAAGAUCAGGCGACAAAAUCAAAAUUUUAAAAAUCGUAUUUUUCCGUAGCUAACGAGAGUUUACUAUAGUACGACAAAUGGCAAUUCCUGCUAUAUUGAAAAUUCUUUUUAUCUGACUACAGGAUUAUGACAAAGAAUAAAAAUUGCAGGAACAACUGCAUAAAUUUCUGCAUUACUGAAUCCAUUACACAUCCGAUUAUGAACGAAUCGCUUUGAACCGCUAGUGUACCUAUAUAUCGUCAUAUUUAAUAUUAAUCACUGCAUCAAUUAUGGAUAGGAAGUAAUUGCGAAUAUUAUUACGAAAACGCAAUAAAUAGAGUAUUGGAAAUACAAUAGGUACUGACCAGUACAUAUCUGAAACAAACAAUCGUACAAAUACAAUUGAAAAUAUUCAUGCUUGUGAGAAACGUUCUAAUGUAUGAGAUUGUAUUUUAUGAAAAUCCAGCAAUGCAUUUGUUU